AACUACGAAAACCCUAGGACGCACUUCGUUCUGCUCCUAUUAUACCCAGUACUUUAUCUCCCUCGGCGUUCCACUCCAGUCUCUCUGCCUCCGCUCCUGCACACCACAAUGGCUUCAGAGAGGAAACUAAGCAACCCAAUGCGGGAGAUCAAGGUCCAGAAGCUCGUCCUCAACAUCUCCGUUGGCGAGAGCGGUGAUCGUCUCACCAGAGCCUCCAAGGUGUUGGAGCAACUGAGUGGCCAGACCCCAGUCUUCUCAAAGGCUAGGUACACGGUGAGAUCGUUCGGGAUCAGGCGUAACGAGAAGAUAGCGUGCUACGUGACGGUGAGGGGGGAAAAGGCGAUGCAGCUUCUGGAGAGUGGGUUGAAGGUGAAGGAGUACGAGCUUCUGCGUAGGAACUUCAGCGAUACCGGCUGCUUCGGCUUUGGUAUUCAGGAACACAUCGAUCUCGGAAUCAAGUAUGACCCUUCAACCGGUAUCUAUGGUAUGGAUUUUUAUGUUGUUUUGGAGAGAGCAGGAUACCGUGUGGGUCGUCGUCGUAGAUGCAAGUCCCGUGUUGGAAUCCAGCACAGAGUUACUAAAGAGGAUGCAAUGAAGUGGUUCCAGAUGAAAUAUGAAGGAGUUAUCCUUAACAAGUCUCAAAAUACCUAGAGAUCUCCUAUGUAAUGUAGGAGUUGUUUUAAUUUUGGCGAGCUGUUACCAUUCUGCAAUUUGUUUAUCAGGAUUAAUAUUUUGUUUGAAUGAGAUUUUAUUAGUUACUUUAUCUUUAAGUACUUUCUGGUGAA